CGCGUCCCCGCGUCCCCGCCCCAAGCCUGGAGCUCGGGAGUCGCGUGCUGUGGCCAGUGCGCAGCGUCCCCGUGCAGUCCUGGCGACCUGUCACCGAGGACGACGUGACUCGGAGCUUCCUCCGCUUUCUCCAAGCCCUAUUCCUUUAAGAUGAUGUAAUAGUCAUUUCCCUGGAUGGUAUCUUGCCUGCACUGCUGAAACAACAGCAUCCGAACUGCACUGGGAACUGUGGAACCACCCAGCUCCGCCGCCAGCCGGAGAAGCCCGAGCUUGAGCCCCCCGCGGCCCCUCCGCGCUGCGGCGGCCGGGCGGAGCGGCUCGCGGCGGUUCCCAGCGCCUCCCACCUGCCUGCGAACAUGGGAGUCCGUUUGCCCUUGCCCGGCAGGUGGGGUGGCUACCUGGGACCCCAGCAAGGCAUAUCUGUCUUUCUGUUUCUGGGCUUUCUGAAAGGCUUCUAAGUCCCAGUACCUUUUGCAACUCUUCUUUUGUUUUAAGGAUUCUUUCUAAAGGUUCUCCCCCACCUUUUUUUCCCCCACCCCACUGGAGAAGCUUUGUCUGGAUAUUUUUCUCUGCCUCGCUUCUUCAACCUAACCACCUCUCAUCACGCUUUAACUUUUUUGUGACUUGUUUCAACUUGGGAUUGGGAGUGAAUACAUACCUAUAUACAUACAUACAGAUACACAUUUAUAUAAAUAUUUAUAUAUAUAUAUAAAUAUUAUUUUCUAAGAGCACAUCUCUCCUGCACUUUUCAUUGAUACCUCUAUCCUUUACCUCUUCGGGAUUUGACAAGCUCCAGAUGGUGGCUGUGGAUUCUGACUGCUUUGCAAAUGGGUAUUUCUUCACAGGAGCUGGGUUUUCAGCACUAAGACGGACCUCUGAGUAACUGGGGACUUGGCCUGCCUUGCCUACUGAGCUUGGGGCAGAUGCUCCACAUCUGAGCUUGGGGCAGAUCGGAUGGAGAUGAGUUGAUUAUAUUCUAUGAAGUAAUAGCUCACCACCAGCCAGGGUUUAAACUACUUUUGCAGCAUCACUUCACCUGUGGACUCUUCUAAAUUUUGCUUGCUUGGGGAAAAAACUGGGGUAAGAGAGAAGGUCAUUUUUAAGAAGUUAGCAUCCUUCUCCCUCUUUGACAAGUUGAUGCAAAGGAUAAGGCUGUGACUCCAUUGGAUUGCGCCUUCAAAUCAAAAUAGGAGAAGCAAAAGAAGACAGGGACAAUGGCUUUGAGUGGAAACUGUAGUCGUUAUUAUCCUCGAGAACAAGGGGCUGCAGUUCCCAACUCCUUCCCUGAGGUCGUGGAGCUGAAUGUUGGCGGUCAAGUUUAUUUCACCCGCCAUUCCACAUUAAUAAGCAUCCCUCAUUCCUUCCUGUGGAAAAUGUUUUCCCCAAAGAGAGACACGGCUAACGAUCUAGCCAAGGACUCCAAAGGAAGGUUUUUCAUUGACAGAGACGGAUUCUUGUUCCGUUAUAUUCUGGACUAUCUCAGGGACAGGCAGGUGGUCCUGCCUGAUCACUUUCCAGAAAGGGGAAGACUGAAAAGGGAAGCUGAGUAUUUCCAGCUCCCAGACUUGGUCAAACUCCUGACCCCUGAUGAGAUCAAGCAAAGCCCGGACGAAUUCUGCCAUAGUGACUUUGAAGAUGCCUCCCAAGGAAGCGACACGAGAAUCUGCCCUCCUUCCUCAGUGCUCCCUGCAGACCGCAAGUGGGGCUUCAUUACUGUGGGCUACAGGGGGUCCUGCACCAUGGGCAGAGAGGGGCAGGCAGAUGCCAAGUUUCGUAGAGUUCCUCGGAUUUUGGUUUGUGGAAGGAUUUCUUUGGCAAAAGAAGUCUUUGGAGAAACUUUGAAUGAGAGCAGAGACCCUGACCGAGCCCCAGAAAGAUACACCUCCAGAUUUUAUCUCAAAUUCAAGCAUCUGGAAAGGGCUUUUGAUAUGUUGUCAGAGUGUGGAUUCCACAUGGUGGCCUGUAACUCCUCAGUGACAGCAUCUUUUGUCAACCAAUAUACAGAUGACAAGAUCUGGUCAAGCUACACUGAAUAUGUCUUCUACCGUGAGCCUUCCAGGUGGUCAUCCUCACACUGCCACUGCUGCUGCAAGAGCACCGCAGGCGACAAAGAAGGGGAGAGUGGCACGUCUUGCAAUGACCUCUCCACCUCUAGCUGCGACAGCCAGUCUGAGGCCAGCUCUCCGCAGGAGACGGUCAUCUGUGGGCCCGUGACACGCCAGACCAACAUCCAGACUCUGGACCGUCCCAUCAAGAAGGGCCCCGUGCAGCUGAUCCAGCAGUCGGAGAUGCGGCGGAAAAGCGAUCUGCUCCGGACUCUGACUUCGGGCUCCAGGGAGUCGAACAUGAGCAGCAAAAAAAAAGCUGUUAAGGAAAAGCUCUCCAUUGAGGAAGAGCUGGAGAAAUGCAUCCAGGAUUUCCUUAAGAUCAAAAUCCCAGAUCGGUUCCCCGAGAGAAAACAUCCUUGGCAGUCUGAACUUUUACGGAAGUAUCAUCUAUAGGGGAGGGGCGGGGGGCGGGGCAAUGGGAGAAGAAAGAAAUCAUGUCACCAUUUGGAAAUAAACCUCCUAGCGAAAUUCACAUUUGAAAGAAAAGUAACAACUAACAAUACGUUUGUGAGAACACAGUAGCCCAUCGAUACACUACUGCCUAUUUACCUAGUUCACCUUAACAUUUAAAUCCACAGGGUAGAUCUCUUUCCAGAUGUGGAAUUAUAAGAAAAUCUCUUUUUGGUUACUUGUUUGUUUGUUCACUGGGUCCCGUGUACUGAGCAUCUUACGUAUAAGGAGAGCCAGCUACAGAGGAGUAGCUGAGAGGCCUUGGGAGUCCUCUCUCCCCAACUGGGUUUUUCUCUCAUCUUCUCCCUCCCUCCUUUGAAUGAGAGCAUGGUAGAAAGAGAUCUGGCCCAAUGGCAUAGGUUCGGGUUUUUUUAAUUUUCCUUUUCCUUUUUGUUUAUGGGGUGGGGGGGAAUGGCAGAUUUAUAUGACUUUUCACUCAAAUCUAUUAUGUGCCAGUUUAUAUUGACGACAUACGCAUGAGUAUUUAUUUGUGCAAACACAAGCACAACGAUGUAUGUACAUACACACAGUGCACAUGUCCCCAGGGCCGGGGCAUCCUAAGGGGAUCACCCCUGCUCCCAGCAGCAACCUCUUAGACUCCUUCAGACAGAGGAGUCUCAGCUCCUUUCUUAAAACCCUUCUGGGAAGAUUUCCCAGCCUCUUUUGGCAACACUUUCUACCAUCAGGUAACCCUCGUCAUCAACAAAUUGUCUUCCUUAUUUUGAAAUGAACACCCUCAGGCUCCAUAGUACGGUUUUGCUCUUUCUCUGCACUAGGAGAGGGUGAGAAGAGCUAGUAAAACAUUCUUUGUAUUAAAGAAACAAACAUUCCUAGCCGUGAAAAUUCUCCCUGACCCCACACUCAGCCUUCCCCACCCUGAGCUGAGUUACCUUCCUUCUCUCAAUGUUUUCAGAGUCCUUCCUGCCCACGUUUUAAUGGCCUGGGCUUUUCAUGUAAUCUGCAUUCAGUUCUCUGCGUCCCUAUAUGGCUGUGGAAGUAAGAACAACACACAGGAUUUGAAUAGGGGUCCAGCCUUUUGUUUUGUUUCUUUAAGAAGCACUUGUAUUCCACACUCUACCUGAUUUCUCAUGGCCUUUUCAAACUACAGUGCUACAUUGUUACUUCCUGGUAGCUGGUCUUGUCUUUAGUAUUCUGGGAUUUGGCUGUGUCUGUACUAUGAUGUGGCUGUCAUUUCCUUGAUAUGAAUGCACAACCCAACUGGAUAACUAGAGCUUGAAAAUGAAGGUUUUGGCUUUCUAAGCUAUCUUUCUUGAGUCCAUCUUUGGCCUGUAGAGACACAGCCAAAAAGAAACUGUUAAUAGCCAUCUAUCCAUAUGGUUCUGUAUUCCAUAAAUGUACUAAUAGGUCUUUCAUAGGCUUGUGGUAAAUGAGGAUGAAAAGACCAGUUUUUAUUUUCAGCAUUCCUUAUGCAUUUCAGUGGGAACUUAAACAAUAAUUUGUCAAUCAUUGUUUGUGUGCCAAGCACUCCUAUUUUUAUUUUUUAUUGUGUGUGUGUGUAUGUGUAUAUGUAUCACAGGUAAUAAAGGCAACUGGAUGACGUCUGUAGGAGGGAAAAGUAAUGACCACUCGCUUCCUUUUGAAAUAUUUUGUUGAUGCACAUUUAUUAUGUAAGAGGUUCUCUCUUGAUUCCUGUUACUAGUGCCUAUUUAGUAUAUGGAUAUCUUUCUGAAUUUUUGUAAUUCUUGCCCUCACCUCUGGGCGACAAACGCAGCCAAUGUUUUCCUGUCCUGAGGUUCAAAUGGAAUUUAAAGGUCUACUUAAGUGAAAAAGAAAGUUCACCUGGGGAGUUGAGUUGUUAAGAGAUUUACCAUUAAUGAAUUUAAGUGGUGUCCGUUUAUGUAUUAGUAUAUUAGCAGGCAUUUGUUCAUAACUACAACAUAGUUUUGUAAAGCCUACCAAUAUGUCUUGUUUCCUUUCAAAGUUCCUUAAUACCAUACCCAAAUACCAUCAUCCCAAUGAUAGCAAUCCUGCAAAGAAUCACAGAAUUGAAUGGUUCAAGAAGAAAUUGAAUACAGAUAAAAUAUCCCCAAACUCACUUAGUUCGGAUGAUUCCUGUGGCCCUGUUGGAAUUUGCCAUCUACAUUAACUGCCCAAGGUUCCAGCUUCCUUAAAUUUCAGGCCUGACUAUAAUGGUGUCAAGACAGAGAUGCACUAGUAAGAACUGGAGGAGGAGGAAGAUGUCAGUCCACCCCACUGCUUCUACCGCCCGCUUUCCCUAGGAAACCCAACACUGCAAAGAACAUGUUCAUGGCGUACGUCCCUGACCCUUGACCCGUCGUGAAUUUUUCUCUCCAUAGGCAAUCCUUAGACCUCCCCAGUGAUCGAAACUGGUGGUAGGAAAUCUGAUUAAAACAAUAAUAACAGUUUUAAUCUGGGUCAACUCUAAACUGACACCUACCCGAAGUAGUCCAAAUAGCUAAGACAACUGUGGGUGUUGAUUAUGGAGAUGAAUAUAGACCUGAUCAGGAAAUCUCUGAGGAGCCACCAAGUCCGUGGGAAGCUUCUGUCCUUGUUUGAGUGCAGUCAUCCCCUGAGGAAAGUGUGGCCGGCCACAAUGGAAAUGAGCUCUGAGUAAGUGAGUUACACGAUUAAACGUUCGGUUACCCCCGAUUCAUGCCAGUUUCCCAGAGCUUAGAAUAGCUUUAGGAACUUGUAGUUCACUUCUGGACAGAACGAUAUAUGUGGUUCACUUCUUGAAUACUGGUUAUGAUGAGGGCCGUAAUUUGCUGCUUUGAAGAAACUAAGAACAUCCAAUGGAUCGAAUGAAUGAGGAAUCAUAUGUAUAGAACCCCAACUUAGAUUGCAGUGCUAAAAUCCAGUGAGGUUGGGGAUGUCACUCUCUACAGGUCCAUGGAUCUCCUGAAGUCAGAAACACAUUUAUGAAGUCCUCCUACCCAUUAUCAAAAAGGAAGUGACUUAUGUUUAGCAGGAAAGGGGGGAGACAGGAAAAUAAAACUGUGAGAUCACUGUGGUGUCGUGAUCUCCCUCCCCCUGCUGAGAAAAAAAUUGCACUGAGAUGUGGUCAUAAAACAACAAAGUGAGGUGGCUUCCAGAAUAUGCUGUGGUGUAAUCCUUUGUGAUUGUAGGCAGUUAUCUUACUGGACAUGCAUGCCUGGUUAAUUAAAAUAAAAGGGGAACAACGCACAAAUCAUGUGUUCCCUUCGCCCUUUAUUCCUCCUUAGCCAUGUCUACCCUCAACUGAUUCACUUAGGGAGACACAUUUAUUAGAAGGAAACUAAUGGACCUUUUCAUUUUCCAGUUGCCCUUGUUUGAUUCAAAGGCACCUUUAUUCCUAGGCACAGAUGUGUGUUCUUCAUCGUGGGCCCUCUUAGUUGUCAACAGCUUGUGCUUCUGCAUUACUUUUGCUUCUCUAGGCUUUAGAUUCCCCUCUGAUUAUCCUUUGUGGCUGCCACAGGCAAAACACCCUCCAGUGAGAAGAAGAAAAGGCAUAUAUGGUGUUUGGCAAAAUUUCCUGACACCAGCUCCCAUAAUGGGAGCCACACGUAGAUUCUCAGACGUUUUCCUUCGUUAUAGUUGUAACCUUCCAACUUUGUAUGUACCGUGACGAAUUAACCCAGCGCAUUUGAGUGCUGGUAUUUUCUGCCACUAGAUACCAUGCUAUGGAAUUUGACUAACCUUGGUCUUCUAGAUGAUCUUUGCUAGAAUGAAUGAGAGUCUUUCUGUGAACUUUUAGGGAGAAUUCUUUGUCACCUCCACUUGACAUAGCAAUUUUCAAAGGAAAAAUGAAGAGAGCCAUUUUUUCCCCCUGGUGACUCUGUAGCAGAUAAAUGCUUUUGCCAAUUUGCAUGCUGGGUUGUAGGUUUAGCAUGGGCCAUUUCUCUCCUUAAUGUCUUGGCAUUGUUGGCAUCUUGCAAGCUUGAUGGCCCACUGUUCCAAUUUAUUUAUUUUCUUUUAUUUGUCAAAUAACACACUAGAGAAGGAAUCUGAGUGAGUAUUCUGUAUUCUGAGUUAAAAUGGAGUUAGAUGUCAUUUGUACAGGACUGUACAGUGAUUAAUAUCUGCAGAGAAAUUAGACCAAAUGAAACCUGCUGGAAUGAGUUUGAUUUAUAUUGCCUUCAUCACUCUGGAUUUAGAUGAAAUGAUUAUUGCUCUCCACCCCUGCUGAAAGAAAAGAGCCUUAAACUUUAAUAAUCACCAUGUUAUGAUGCAACCACAGAACUUCUAUGUUUGAAAUAUCUGUAUUUCUCAUCUUGCAACAUACAUUCAAAUGGAGAUUCUUUUCCUAGUGACCUCCACUGCAAACUUUUAGCAGUGUUGUUCAAUACUUGGUGUGCACAAAAAUCUUUUGAAGUACCUGUGAAAAUGCAGAUCCCUUUACCGUAGGUCCAGAGAGAGUGAUUCAGAAACUUCUAGCAGGGCGAAGGAAUACGCAUUUUGGCCCAGCAUCUUUAACGGUUUUGAUGGGAUGGUCUCUGGACCUUUAAGAAAUUCUGUUGAGGGAACUAUGCCGAGGUCUGUAUUGUCUCACUUCCUUUCACUUUUAUUUCCACUACAAAGAAGCCAAGGCUUACACUAUUCAUUAUCUUAAGAGAAAAGGCCCAAAGAAAAGAAUCCUAGGACUAGGGCAGAGUAGAUUCCAUGGUUCUUCUGCCCUUUCAUCUGCCUGUCAACCACAGCACCUUUCCAUUUUGUGCAUAUUUGUGUAUUUUGUUUUUGUUUUGUUUUUUGCCAAACUGAAAGCCUGCAUCAAUAUAGUUUUAUGUCUUGGUACUGAGGGUAGAUGGGAGCACAUCUCUGAGUGAGAUGUAUCCUUAUGAUACCCAUCAAGGAAGGAAAAAAAGGUGAAGUUUCGCAAGGACAGUUGUUCGUUUCCAGGCCUUGUGCAGUCUGAGUCAGAGGAACUUGAUAAUGAUCCAUAAUUUAAUGGUGGUGUGUGUGGCCCCAAAGGCGGUCCCAUUAACUGCACAUAUAAACACCACCAAAAUGAAUAGGCAGUGAUUAGUGAAUUUAGCUGCAUCUCCCCAAUAAGAUCCCAAGUCAUUGAAUUGCUAAGUUUGUCCAAUUUGACUUAUGCAAGAUUAUGACACUCUCAGAUAGUUGAAGAUCCUGAAUGCCAAUAUUAACUAAAACCGGCAAGCAAAACCCAUGAGGGAAAAUAAAUAUGGAAGGAAGGAAGGGAGGAUAGAAGGAAAGAAGGACAGGGGAGGGGAGGAAAGGAGAGGAGAGGAGGAAGGAAGAAAAAGAAAAUUCAAAACACUGUUCAUAUUUCACAUACGAUGGCAAGAAGGAGAUGAAUUUCUAUAAUUUUCCACUCUGACCAGAAGGGAUGGCCAUACUAUAAUUAUUAAGAUAGAAACCAUUUUAGGGAGUUUCAGUGAUCCAGUUGGUUCUACCCAUAUAACAGAAUAACUGGGCAGGUAUCAAAUUCCCACGUGAUACAAGAAAUAGAGAAUGAAUGGCUUAAAUACACUCUCAUGAUGAUCCUCCAUGAAUAUUUAAACACCACUGUCAUAGGAAAGUAAAGAAUGGUUAAUAAAAUUAAUAAACUUAAAUUGCCAGUUAAGAUUAUUUGGCCAAGAUUUUUAAAAAAUGUUAAAUUGGAUUCAGCUUGCUUCCCUCCUCUAUUUCCCAAGUAGGGUCCCUUCAUUGUCCCAGCUUCCUAACCUUUAAAAAAAUGUUUCUCUUGUUUGUGAACAAAGUGUGUUGUUUACUGGGGAAAGAAUUUUUAGUUCCUAGACUGUCACCCUUGCUUUAUUUAGGGAAUUUACUUUGAAAAAGCUAAAGAAAAAUGUACCCUAGCCCUGCAACUAUCUAGGGGUUUGUCUUGGGUUGAACAGGAGUGGUGAUUUUCCUGUUAAUCAGCCUCCUAAAAGCACUUACAUGCUGACUGGAGGAUUUAGUGUCUCCUUUCUCCAGCAACCUCUUUCAUCUUGUCAGUUGAUUCUUAGAAUUGACCUUUAGCUAAUUUACCUGCAUUUGCACAAUAAAAAUCAGCCUCACUUCAGACUCUCUCUACUGCUGGUGGUUGGCUCCAUCCAUCACAAAUGGAAGCAAGAUUGAUGCACCAGAAAGUAGCGGAGACUUGCUUAGUAACUGCACCUCCGUGUGAGUGUAUGGGAGUGUAUACGCACACUUGUGCGAUUUUUAGGUCAGGAUUGGGUCAGUGGCUAAUGUCCAUGAUAAUGCUAUCUGCAUGCAUGGAAAAAGUCUUCGGUUACAAAGUUUCAAAGCUUUGAAUUCAUCACGAAUUGGUCUUUACUAUGGGUGUCAGUGCCUGACAAUGUUGAGUAAAGCUGGUCUGCAGAUGUGGAUUUUGAGCACCACGGGUUUCAGGGUAAACAUCAAACUCAUUUUUAUUCAUAUAGUCACUAGUAGCAAUGACAUUUACUCAAAAAAGAAAAAAAAUAGAAAAGGAAAGAGAAGAAAAAAAGAUAACCAUGAAAGCUAAAAUAUACACAGGAUUCUCAGUGAUUACUGGCAGUUUUUCUCAAUUGCAGCCGGUGGUCAUUGAUUUAUUCUUGUAUGUGAGAGAAACAGCCUCAGGAAACACUCUUCUUCGAUUUGUGUGGGUUACGUGUAUUUCAGGCAGUGGGUCUCAUUCAGGGGUGAUUUUUGUCAAAGCCCCAGGGGACUUGUGGCAGGUGCCUGGAGACAUUUUUGAUUGUCGUGACUUGAGAGGUGCUAACUGGCAUCCAAUGGGUAAAGACCAGAGAUGUUGCUAAACAUCCCAGAAUGCACAAGACAGCCCCACAACAAAUAAUUAUGCAGCCCCAAAUGUCAAUAGCGCUGAGAUGGAAAAAACCCUGAAUUAAGGGUUGGCUCUCAUGUUCCAAAGCAUUGUUGCCAUGAAGAGAAAGAACAUCUGGUUCAGGAGAUUGGAUGAGGUGGUGUGAUAGUAAUUAUACCACCUUACAUCUCUACAGGGUUUACUUAAGAUGGGAUACAAUUGUCCUUUUAUGCAAAUGUGAAUGCUGAGAUUUAGAGAAGUUUACAUCCUGGUUUCUGGGGUGUCAGUAAUGACGGGGUAGGUCUGCGGUCUGGGAUUCUGUCUUCUAGUCACUCUCUGCCUCAGAAAAACGGUAUUUCAGUGAAGUCAUCAAUCUUACAACUAAAUGUGUUUGGUGUAAAGCACUUUGGGAGCAUUUUGAGUUCACAGGACCCUAUUAGGGAUGUUUUUCAAGCCAAACCACAGUAGCUAACAGGUGCUCUUAAGAAAUCAAACAGGAAAAAGGGAGAAAAAGUACUGAGAAUAGGCCAAUGAUUUCAUCGUCUUAAACUGCUUAUCAUGUACUUUGUUUCUUUAGGCUGAAAACCCCCUUGCUAACGAUGACACUUAGAGCUAGGAAAAUAUUCUCAUUCUCAUACUGGAGGUCCCCAUGCCCUUAUUUUCAAAGACGUGACAAGUCUGAGCAUAGACCCUGGCUAUUGAGCCAUAUUAUUUCUUUUGUAUGUACUGACUUCAUUAGGACACACAACAUGUUUGUGUCUUAAAUAUUUGACAUUUUUCUUUCAACUUCUCAUGCCAACAUCCCAGUGUUGGAAUAAAGGUCAGAACAUUCUAUCCUCAUGUCAUCCAAGGGAAACUGGGACCCAGAGACUUUAAGUCAGUCAUGCAUUCUUUCCUUUUUCAUGCAUUCAUUUGGCAGGCUUUUGUUGAGUGCCUACCAUGUACAGGCCACUGUGGUGAGCAUUAUAAUGUACUGGGGAAUCACGUGUGUGAUACAGCACUUGAAUUCCUAUCCCUCAAUUCCUAGACUAACAUUAUUUUUGUAUGUAAUUCUGAUCCACAUUCUAGAUUUCUAAUUUAAAUAUUAAGUUGUAAAUGACGUAUAUUAAGGAUAGUGUGCACACAAGGAAUAUGUGCCAGAAAACAUGCCUUAUCUAACCCUAUAAUUACCCAACAAAGUAGGCCCUGUUACUGUCCUCUUCUCACAGAUAAAGUCAGUGACAAUCAGAAAGGUAAAGUCGCACAUAACUUGACAGUGGAAGAGCCAGAUUUCCAUCUGGGUUUAUUAGACUCCAACCACCUCAUUAUAUAAUGUUUUGUCUCUGUUCUCUGGAUUUCACCUGUUUCUGGUUUCUUCUACUCUAACCAAAAGGUAGCCAGGAAGAACCCAGCCUGACACCCUUCCAGAAAGUCAUUAGCUAAUAAACUAUAAAUCCCAUUAGACGUGCACCUCCCUAGGAGAUAAAGAAGGGCACACCUGGAGGGGUAGUCUUGCCUCCCACAGACUGUACUUCCUAACACACGCCCUAUCAAGGGGCAGUAACGUUACAGAACACAUGUCUGGGGAACACUGAUGCCCUAAGAAACCCAAAGUGGUGAGAUACGUUCUGUGUUAAGACGAUGGUGCCUACACAUGCUUCCUGGGCGUUUACAGGUUACCAGGGAGAUCUCACAGGAGGUAAAAUAGGCCUGCGUGCGUGUGUGUGUGUGGGUACGUGCGUGUAUGUGCUAUUUUCACCUUUGGGCCUUCUAAACAAUAUCAGUUUUUUCAAGAUAGGUCAGAAAUCCAAACAUGAUUGGCUGCCCCCAGAAUCUCAUCAUUACUGUUCUAAGUUGGAAAAUAAGAGAGGCGGCCACGAAAGGAAACUGCACUGAAAUAGGAGUGCGUGUAUGAAGAAUAUGUAUAUAUGUGUGGUGUGUAUGUGUGUUAAUAUAUAACUUUUAUGUAUAUAUGUAUAUAUGUGUGUACAUCUAUCUAAAUGUAUAUAUCUAUCUAUAUCCAUACAUAUGUAUACACACAUAAAUCCGAUAGUUUGAAACUGGGAUUUUGAGUUUGAGGGAUUAUUAUUAUUAUUAUUAUUAUUUAUAAUUGGUUUCCUAGAUAGUACUGUUUUCCAAAGUUAUCUCCCACUAUGAGUGUGUAUAUAUUAUGGUACCAAAAAUAUGAUUAGAAUACGUUGGUAUAACAUCUAUGGAUAUAAAACCAAAGUGCAUUUAAGGAAAAGUCAAACUUGUAAAAACUGGCUUUCUUAUUUGAACUAGUGGUUUGAAUUCCAAACUAUGUGUUUUCGAACAUGAUCAUUCCCACCCCCCCCCAAAAAAAGUCCCAAAAGAACAAAAAGCAAAAACCCCACCAAA